AGGACCUCCAGUCUGGAAGCCACUUGGGGGGUCCUGGCCUUCAUGGAGCGGCUGAGGCACUGUCCAUCAGAACACCAGGCCACAGUGAAUGCUGUCCUGGCUGCCCUGUGCCGCCCUCUCUUCCACCACGAGGAGGCUAAGAUCCGAAGGGCAGCCAUGAGGACCCACCUGGAUCUCCUGCAGCACCGCCACCACCACCACAAGGGUACAGAGGAGAACAUCACGACCCUCAUCGCGGUGCUGAUGCAUGUGGAGGAUGAAGACCUGGAGGUAGCACAGGCUGCGAAGGACAAUCUGAGCCUCCUGGCGGAAGCCCUCCUAUGGCACCUGGAGGGCAAGCUGCUGGCGCGGGACUCUUACAGCCUGCAGGAGCUGCUCCACAAGAUCGCCAAGCGCCUGAUUCGGCAGCUCGGCACAGAGGACGCCGUGGAGAUGGAGGCCACCAAGAUCCUGGGCUUCUUCCGCAGCGAGCAGCCUUCAGUGAGGAGAACGGCUCCCCUGCUGAUCGGUCACCUGGUCCACAAAAAGGGCAGCAUCCUCACUGAAGGGAACAUAGAGACCUUCCAUGCUGCGCUGGAGAGCUUGCUUGGCGACCAUGACCCCGAGGUCGGGAGAGUUGCCUGCAAGACAGAGAAGAUCGUGAAGAAGGCCUUUUCCCUCCACUCCCGGCACGGGCUGCGGGCUGCCGUUCGGCGCUUGUGGGCGGGCUGUAAGAAGAAGAGACACCCGCCAGAGUACGGUGAUCUCUCCACCUGACCGACUGGAACAACAGCCCCGUGCUCUCCCCUUGAAGAUCAGCAGCUGAAGGGAGGUUCAGGAAAGACCGUGCAGCACAGGGGCCUCCCAGAAGACCUCCUCCAACCGCGUGGACACAAGAUCUGUCCACAAGAAGACAUCCAGCAGGGAAGUGCAGUUCUGUCUGAGGAGUGAGGGGGAAGCAGGCUCCACUCCCCUGGCCCAAGGAAGCCCCGCCUCUGGGGUGCAGAAGCCCCUCCCCUUGCUUCUGCUGGCAGGCAGUGGGAGGAGGCUACAGGACCACCCUGCCCCCAAGUGGCCCUUUGGAACCAGUCUUGGGCUUCCCUUGGGUCCGGGGAGGCUGUGUGGCCCCAGCAGGAGGGCAAGGUCACCGCCUCCCUCCAUUUCCACCA